AUGUCAGAUUUUCAGUCUCUCACCACACUCAUUAAGCGCCUCGAAGCAGCCACCUCACGUCUUGAGGAUCUUGCAACCUCGGGUGCCUCUGUUGUAACUGUUGGUACAAAUAUAAAUCGAAGUUCACUUGGAACCCAACCAGUUGUACCUUCCUCGCUGGUUCUUCCACCUAACAAUGAUGCUACGGCUGAAACUGAGCCGCCACUCGCACUUUCCGCCUACGAUGAAUUAAUAGAAGGUCCUUUGAAAACCUUUGUUGAACUUUCAAAAAGUAUUGGCGGGCUUGUUGAGGAUCAAAGCCAUGCUGUCGAAAAUAUAUUUAUAGCACAACGUGAUUUUAUUUACAUUGCCACAAAGAGCGUUAAACCAGACACCACGUCUGAAACGUUUGCCGAAUUGAUAAAGCCGACAUUGCAAGCCCUUGAAAAGGUUUGUGAAUAUAGGGAGAAUAAUCGGCCAUCUCCAUUCUUUAAUCAUUUAUCUACCGUCGGCGAAGGGAUUGGAGCAUUAGGUUGGGUGACUUUGGAGUCUAAAACGGCACCUUAUGUUGGUGAUUUAAAAGAGAGUUCACAGUUUUACGCGAAUCGUGUGAUUAAAGAGUUUAAGGAUAAGGAUCGUACCCACGUAGACUGGGCAAAUAGUUUUGUGGUACUUUUAACAGAAUUACAAAACUACGUGAAAAAUUAUCACACGAAUGGGCUUGUCUGGAAUCCACAG